CUGACAAUAUUUCUUCUAAUUAGGUGGGUUCCAUUUGAUGUUGUCAAGCCACUGCUAGACAGAAAACGGUAUGUGGUUUUAUCUGAUAUUGCCACAGAAAAUGGAGAGCAUUUGCCGCCUAGUAUCCUUGAAAAUUAUGAGGAGCAAAAUGAUGAAAAGCAGUUUCAUGGAUCAAAUGAUAUUUUUGUUGGUGAGGAUGACGAAAUGGAUGAGCCUGAUUUUGAAGAUUCAGAUGACGAAUUGGACCCUGAGAGCAGUGACGUCCAAUUGCCCAAAGUAGAAAAUGGAGAUGUUGGCAAUGUUUUGAUUGGGUUGAAGGAAGUUCGUCUGAGAUACAAAGAUUUGCGUGAAGCUUUUGGUUCCAGCGAAAGGCGGUUUAUGGAGACACAACUGCACAGAUACAUGAGGGCUGUUGGUACAGAGCUCUCUGAACGAAUAGUUUAUUCAUUGGGCUGACGCAAUAAUCUAUUAAUUCAGUGCAUAAAAUUCUUUCCCUCAUUGUAAUUUUAUGGUGCCCUUGUCAAGCUGUUGGUAGAACUGAGGAGCCCGGGAAAACCUUCUGAAGUUUGUGCGUCAACAGUGCAUUUCUUGGUGUGCUGAGGGAUGCAAACUAGGAGGGAACUAAUUUAGUUAUCCAACGUAAUUCAGGGGCUGGUUAUUGGUACUGUGCUGCUCUGCUAGUCGACAUGGAAUAAACAAGAAUCAGAUUGGGGUGGAGCUACUCAAUAUGGUACCUGAUUGGAAAUCUUCAAGCAUCAAGUUGCUUGCUUUAUCCUUCUCCCUUUAUGAAAGCAGCACCUUCUUAGUCAAAAAUAUUACAUUGCAAAUAAUCUUAGAACGACUUUGAGGGGCAAUGCUACUUCUGAGAAUAUUUAUCGCAGUCUCAUUGCCAGGUUGUUUUGGAUCGUGUUUAAUAUACAAUUGGAGGAAGACAAAGAUCUUCUCUAAUACUAUCAGCUUUGAAAAAUAAUGCUUUACGCCUUUAGGCUGAUUUCUUCUCGGAUCUUGACUUCUGAAUAUGAAAAUAUGUCAUGUCGUUAAAA